AUGUCCCAGAAUCAGGGUGAUCGUGCAGUUGUAUAUCUCAAAUUUCCCAUCGCGAGACCAGAUGGAUGGAAUGCUGUGGACAAGGAAGAUGCUCUCAACCAGAAUCCGGGGAUAAAUCGAGAGGAAACGCAAAAAUGGAACGAAGAGAAGGAGGGAAUAUUGUUGCGAAGCGUGUUACCACUGGUGAAGGUUGAGAUUGGACCUUCUCAGAAAAAAACCCUCAAAGUAAAAUACGAUUGGGUUAGACUAUCUCGAGAGCUGGAUGUUGACGUGCCGUCAUUACAAAAGAAGGUGAUGGAAUUAUACUACCUGGAAUCUAAGCUGCAGAACGAAGAUGCAAUGUUAAAUUCAAAGUCAAACGACCAGACUGUGGGAGAUUUGGCAAAUUCUCAACGAGUACCGGACGUCAAGCUGGAUUCGAGAUCAAACUCUCAGUUAGAUCCUGCAUUCCAGGAAGCCAUCAAGAAGCUCACAAUACUGGACACCAGUGGAUACGCCAGUGGAAACACAAGCGGACACACGAGUGGACACACGAGCGAGCAUGACAAUAAAUAUGCCAAUGAGCACAUCAAAGAUCACACCAAGGAACAUGUGUCUUUUACCAGAAACGAGGUCAAGCCUUUGCGGAAUAUGUCUGGGAGAUUCGUGUCUGGUGCUCGACAGGUCUCUACCAGCACACUACGAGACUCGGUGGGCUCAGUGGACUCUUUGGCGUCGUUUGAAGACAAAGACACGAUGGCCACGAGUAAGUUUCUACAUAGGUCUUUAUUAUUCCCCAAAGUGAGGAACAGGCCGAACAGUGACGACGAGGAUGAGGAAGAAGACGAGGAGGAAGACGAAGACGAUCUGGAAUUCACAGAGGGAAGCGAGACGGGGAUCAGCAGCAUCAGCCAGUCCGCUUUAGAGAAUGAGCUGAUCAACAGAAUGUAA